AUGUUAACUGUUUUUAACGCACUUAAAAAUGCACGUGCAGCGAGCUUAGACAGACAAAUUUGCUACCAAGAAGUUGCUGAUCAGACAGGGUUCUCAAGGUCGACGUUGUCACGCAAUGACCAACGCGUUACUGUUCCACGUGUAGAGGCAGACCUUCAACAACGCAAACUGUCACUACAACAAGAGCUUGACCUCUGUGAUUACAUAGAGGAGCUUACUGAGCGUCAUUUACCACCUACAAGGCAGAUAAUUAAGAAUUUUGCAGCAGAAAUCACCAAAGAUCACGUUGGCGAGACCUAG